UCUUCUGCCCUCUCUCACCUCACCGGAGUGAGCAGAGCAAUGGCCGGCGCCGGCGAGGACGGAAAGAGAGAGAGUAGCUGGCCAUGGCCGCCGGAGUACGGCCCGCCGGACAAUGCUCUGCACUCCCUGGGAAUGGAGUUCACCACCAUCACCGCCGGCGAGGUCGUCGGCCGCCUCCUCGUCACCGCCACCUGCUGCCAGCCGUUCAAGGUGCUCGGCGGCGGCGUGUCGGCGCUGAUGGCGGAGGCGGCGGCGAGCAUCGGCGGCUACAUCGCGUCCGGCUACCGGAGGGUCGCCGGCGUGCAGCUGUCCAUCAACCACAUCAGGCCGGCCCACCUCGGCGAGACCGUCCAGGCGAAGGCCAAGCCCAUGCAGCUCGGCCGUACCAUCCAGGUUUGGGAGGUCCAGAUAUGGCGGAUAGAUCCUUCCACAUCAGAGUGCAAACAUCUAGUGUCAACAGCAAGGGUUACCCUACUAUGCAACCUACCAACACCAGAGGAUUUGAAGCACUAUGAACAAGGUUUUAUCAAGAAACAUGCAAAGCUGUAGGGAGCACGAUGUAUUACAGACAGUGCAAAUAAAAAAGUAUAGCUUAAAAUGUAAUUGUACAAGAAAGCAUCUCAUUAUCAAUAAUGCCAGUCUUUUAUGGAA